AUGACGCUUCCAAUAUUGCCGUCCUCCGUUGUGCCCUACCUCGCCAAAACCCGUUCUAUUCCCCCGACGACCCUCUGGAUCCCGAUUUGGCCGGCGACAUCCCUGACCCCUAUGCAACCACCGAUUAUCCUCAAUUAUGCUCCAUUUGCGGUGGUUUUGCCUCCAAAAAAUGCGGAAAAUGUCUACGCGUGUGGUACUGUUCUCGAGAUCACCAGGCACUCGAUUGGGCAUCGCAUAAAAAACUAUGCGCCGAGGGUGGCGCUACCGAAGAGGGGAGCUGUAAACCCUUUCACCUUCAAAGAACAUGCCAUCGAGAUGGACCAAGAAUAUGUUGCUAGUGAUCUCUUUGAGGGUAUUUCCGAUUCCGAAGACGAUUGUGAGGACGAGAAAGAGGCUGAUAUCAAGCGCCGUCUGGCUGACUACAAUAAUUUCCUCAACUCUCGUUCCGACAAGGAGGAAAUUGCCGGUGGCGAUGAGGAGGAAGAUGAGAAGGAUCAAAAAGACGUUGCCUUUUUAAAGUUCUCCCGUCUCGUCGAAUUGAAUCCGGACCAAAUCCUUCGCUACGUGCGUGGAGGCGAACCUUUGCCUGCUACACUCAAAGCCCCUCCUCUCUCCUCCCCACCGAAUUGCGAGAUCUGCGGGGGCGCCCGCUCCUUCGAGAUGCAGCUGAUGCCGAACCUCCUUUCAAUCCUCGAGCUCGACUCUAUCGGCAAAUCGGUUGACUGGGCCUCUAUCUAUAUUUAUACCUGCGCCAAUUCUUGCAACAUUCCUGAUCUGGGUUAUGCUCGCGAGUUUGUGAUCAAACACGAUUUUGCUUCU